AUACCCCGGAAGUAAGCUUGAAAACUUUUGGUGUAUGUGUCAGGCGAGCAACUCUCAUUGGAAUGAAUAGGCGCCAUUUUGUGUCCGGUGUCCAGUUCUUAAUACAUCCAUGAUCUAACAUGUUCUAGCAAAGAUGGUUGACAUACGAAGGAGUCUCCACUACGACAAGUAAUUUAAGAACCUAUAACGUUUGCUACUCAGCACGGGAGAUAACGUUUUCGUGUCCUAAAUAGACAGUACUUAUUUUUGUCUGAAAUGGAUGUGGACAUUACAGAUGUCAAUGACGGUGACUUGGAGAAGGCGCCCCUCAAAAACCAGGAUCUGAGUUCCCUGAACGUAACUGGAGAGCUUCUGUCCCAGUAUGGAUGGUAUCUGCUGGUUGUGACUGUGCUGGUCUACCUGCUCAUCCAGCACCUGAGCAAGAAGAGAUCCAGCCAGAGCUCAACCCCACAAACACUGCAAGAUGCUGCUCUAGUAUCGAGAAAACAAGAGGCCAUGGAAUCAGCCCGGAGAAAGAUGCAAGAGGAGCUUGAUGCCAAAGCAGCCAUCUUCAGAGAGAAACAGAAACAGCAAGAAGAACAGAAGCGGAGGCAGAAAAUAGAGAUAUGGGAAAGUAUGCAACAGGGAAAGAGUUACAAAGGAACUGCAAAACUUUCUCAAACCACUGAAGAGGCCAGCUCAUCAACAGCAGUGCUGAAACCCAAGACUGACAAGAAGCCGCUUCGCAGUGCAGACUACAAUCCCCUGACUGGACAAGGAGGAGGCUCCUGCUCCUGGAGACCUGGCAGGAGAGGGCCAUCAUCUGGUGGAUGAGGUUAAAGAAGGUUGGAGACAUUGGUCUGUAUGACCUUUGACCUCUGGCAUCCUGAUCUGCACACUGACUGACAGAACCAAGCUGACAAUGUCACCAAGCCCACCCUUUAUUAAGAUUUUUUUUUACUUGCUCUGUUCUUCUAAUGGGUGUUGAUAAGUUAGCGUCAUUCAUAGCCUAUACCAGCUCUCCUGUUUGAUUUUAUCUGCUGUUAUUUACUCUCUAAUCUCUCUGUGCUGCUGCCUCGUUAAGCAUCAAGAUAAUGUGAUUAUCAUAAGUCAUGCUCUUAAGGGGUAAAUGCAUUUUGGAAUUGAAAGCUUGUAAUGAAGCCAUUCCUUUAAACGGUAUGUAACCAGUAGGUUUGGCUGAUGAAUUUCAGUCAGUGUGUGUUUUUUUUUUUUUUCUGAUAUAUUUUAAUAUAUUUAUCAAUAUGUACCACCAUAGCUUUAUAGUUUAUAUUACUACAGCAGUUGUAGCUGGUGGACAUACGGUUAAUUACAAGAAAUAGUACAUUCUGAUUAUAUAGUUACAAACAUGUUGAUCAAUCAAAAUGUUAGGAGGGUAAUGUCUAUACUAUUGGACACAUUUUUAUGCAAUAAAUAUAUGGUCACCUGGA